AUGCAGCUCUCGAUCUUUACCGUCAUUCUCCCUUCCCUUGUGGCGUUCGCUAGUGCUGCCCCUUCCGAGAAGCGUCAGAUCUCCUCGGUCUCCAUCACCUUCUACACCCCCGAUGGUGAAAAAUGGUCCCAGACCUUCCCAACGGAUAUGACCUCCCAUCAAGUUGAAACCAAGAAGACAGUUUCGCAUAUCUACAACCCUGGUGGAGCGAUCUGCGGAUUUAGUGGUGUUCAAGGAGAAAGGGUGGAUGUCCCAAUUGGGGACCAUAAGCUGGAGACUUCUCAGGUCCUGACCACUGGACUUUGUGCUCAUCUCUAG